GGGAAGUACCGCGGGCCCCGCACAGCCUUCACCAGCCAGCAGCUCCUGGAGCUGGAGAACCAGUUCAAGCUCAACAAGUACCUGUCCAGACCCAAGCGCUUUGAGGUGGCCACGUCGCUGAUGCUCACCGAGACGCAGGGGAAGAUCUGGUUCCAGAAACGCCGCAUGAAGUGGAAGCGGAGCCGCAAAGCAAAGGAGCAGGGCGCUCAGGUGGAGGCUGAGAAGCAACGAGGGCUCACCAAAGCCUGCGAGAAGCUGCUGCCCAGCGAGCCCCGGGGACAGGCUGCCGAAAGCCCCGAGUUCCUGGGGUGCAGCCCCAGCUCAGGCUUCCUGCACCGCAGCACUGCUGAGCUGGGCUACGGCCUGGACUCCUCCUGCUCAGGGGGCGAGGAGGAAGAAGAAGAGGAAGAGGAUGAGAUGGGUGCCACAGAGAGGAAGAUUGGCUCUGUGUUGUGA